CUGUGCGAAAGAGAAAAAGCGACCAGCGAAUUGUUUACAGAAUUACGUCACCGUCACAUAGACACCAAUCCAAUCGCUAACAUACAUACGAGCAUACAACUAUACUACUAAUUAGUUCGCACCAACAACAAAUACACAGUACUAGAAUGGAGUCGGUGAAAACCGUACGAAUUUUCAUGGUUGCUGUUGCGGCUAAUUUAUCAGCCUUUGCGGCGGGCACUUUCCUCGGUUGGACGUCACCAGUGGGACCCAAACUAAAAGCCUUGGACUCUACAGAUUCGCCACUCGAUCAUCCCAUCACCACACUGGACGAUGCAUGGAUUUCAUCCAUUUUGUUAUUGGGUGCUUUAGCAGCACCCUUCACUGCUAGCCCACUUAACGAUAGGUUUGGUCGCAAAUGGGUACUUCUUUCGAGUUCGAUCUUCUUCAUUCUCGGCUAUGUUAUUUUGAUGCUCGCUAGCGAGGUUUGGAUGUUGCUGGUAGGUCGUCUCGUAGGCGGCUUUGGCGCUGGUUUCGUCUUAAGUGUGCUACCUAUGUAUAAUGGUGAGAUUGCAAUAGAUGCGGUACGUGGAGCAAUCGGCACGUUGUUGAAGCUCUUCGUGGUUUCUGGCACUCUAUACGUGUACCUCAUCGGUCCAUAUGUCUCGUAUGUUACUUUGCAGUGGUGCUGUUUGGCUGUACCGAUUGGUUUCGGUAUCAUCUUCUACUUCAUGCCUGAGAGUCCUUAUUACUAUGCCGCCAAAGGCCAGAAAGCGGAUGCUUUAAAUUCCCUGCAAUUCUUGCGUGGUCAAAGCCCUGAUCUUUUACAACAUGAAAUGGCUAUUAUACAGAGUGGAGUGGAGGAGUUCAGAGCCAAUAAGGGUUCCGUUAUGGAUAUUCUUAAGAGUAAGGGCAAUCGCAAAGCUCUGAUCAUCUCCACCGGUCUAAUCAUGUUCCAGCAAUUAUGCGGUGUCAACGCCGUACUCUUCAACAGUCAAUCCAUCUUCAAAAGUGCCAACAUCAGUGUGGAUUCAGCCAUUGCCAGCAUCAUUGUAGGUAGUGCGCAAGUUGGUGCAGCCGCUGUGACACCUUUUUUUGUCGAUCGUUUUCGUCGCAAAGUAAUUUUGUUAAUUUCGGCAUUUGGUAUGUGUGUUGGCUUGACAGGAUUGGGCUUCUUCUUCUAUGUACAACAAGUUGUGGGUGAUGCAAGUAAUUUAACCUGGUUGCCAGUACCUGCGUUGGUGCUCUUCAAUAUUGUCUACAGCAUCGGAUUCGGUCCACUGUCAUGGGCGGUGUUGGGUGAAAUGUUCCCAGCGAAUGUGAAGUCAAUCGCCUCCUCGAUUGUGACAUCCAUAUGCUUUCUUGCUUCUUUCGUGGUAACACGUUGGUACCCCCCGCUGAACGCCUUGGGUUCAUACUACGCAUUUUGGUUGUUUGCCAUUUUCUGCGUUGCAGCCUUCUUCUUCACCAUCUUUGUGGUGAUAGAGACCAAGGGACUGAGUCUGCAGGAAAUUCAAGACAGACUAAAUGGAAAGAAACCAAACUAAGUUACUAAGCGGAUAUUAUCUUGGGGUCGAGACAUCCACAUCCGUGUGCUGUAAGAUAGUCCAUUGUGGGGGAGUUGAUCAGUGAGAUGGUGUGGUGUGGGGUCCUGAAUCAAAUCGCUUCAAAAGUAUUUUUGUCGCAUGUAUAAAUGUAAUCUUUAAAGUAUUUCUAGUCUGUAAGCAAUUUUAGUUAAAUUUAUUGAAUAAAUUUUGGGGGAAACCUCUAAUUGUUAAUGCCUAAUCUAAGUUCGAUGUAUAAAAUAACAUUAAUAACAAUAACAAUAAAUACGAAAAAAUU